CCUAUAGUUCUAGCGUAACUAAAUUGGAUAACAUUAUCUAAUCGCACAACUCAGUAUAAGUUACCUACAUGGUUGAAAUUUGUAUUCAGUGUUCGAAUUUGAAGAGGUGAACAUCAAAUUUAGACAUGAGUUUCAAAGAAAAAGUGGUUGUUGUGACAGGAUCUAGUUCUGGGAUAGGAGCAUCGAUUGCUAUACAGUUCGCAGCUGAAGGAGCUAAAGUGGUUAUUGUUGGUAGAAAUGAAGUGAAACUUAAAACAGUUUUCGAGCAAUGCGAGAAACAUGGAAACCAGACCUUGAGUGUCACAGCUGAUAUGAACAAGGACGAGGACAUCAAGAGAAUUGUAGAUGAAACCAUUAAGCGUUUCGGAAAAAUUGAUGUCUUAGUGAACAAUGCUGGUAUUGGGGCAUCUGCAAGCAUCCUAGCUGAGAAUGCUUUGGAAAUAUUCGAUAAGGUUAUAUCUACGAACCUCCGAUCCGCCGUGUGUAUAACAAACUUAGCUGCGCCCCAUCUUGUGAAAACUAAAGGUAAUAUCAUUAACAUUUCUAGUAUAGCAAGCUUGGGUGUGCUAUCACCAAAUAAUUUUAUUUACGGAGCAUCAAAAGCCGGCUUGGAUCACUUUACUAGAUGCAUAGCACUGGAAUUAGCAGGAAAAGGAGUACGAGUCAAUUCCGUGAACCCUGGACCUGUUAAAACAGAUAUAAUAUCUAAUAUGGGAGUAUCAGAAUCGUACCAAGAAAAGAUUUGGAAUAUCAUGAAGAAAGGAACGGCUCUUGACAGAAUUGCUGAACCCGAGGAAAUUGCUGAUAUUGUUUUGUUUUUAGCAAGUGACAAAGCUAGAAGUAUUACGGGAUCGAUAUAUGUUUCUGAUAAUGGAGCCCUUUUGAAAGGUUUGAUGCCUGCAGAAUAAGCAGUUAUAUGAUUCUUUUUUCAUGAUUCAACUACAAUUACAUGUAUUAUUUUAAGAAUUUAUUGUUCUACAGGUUUAUGCAAAUAAUAUACUGUAUUAUAUUUUAGGUUUAAUAAAUGUUCCUAUCUUUAAAUUCAGAUAGCUUUAGUAUAAUUUAAUAAAUGUAAUAACAUUUUAGCUGACUAUUUUCUACGGUAAUAUAAAUAUAUUUCACCUCUCAUUGAAUCUAUAAAAACAAUAAAGCAAUUUCUUUGAUGACUUUAGGAACGAUGUAUGCUACCCAUCCCUAUAUACAUAGUUUACUAAAAAUAUUAUCUAGCUACCGUUCAUAAUUAAUACAAGACAGAAAUUUAAAUAAAACCCGGAAUCAUUUAGUAAUCUCCAAUCAAGGAAUCGCCUUAGAUAAUGGACGAUAACAUUAUUGUGUAAAAAGAUAAAUAAAUACAAUUAAUACUU